GAAGCCAAACGUCAGAAUUGCAAUUGCAAACAAAAAUCGGUCUCAAAGGCGAAAAAUAAGAGAAUUUCCGCGAGAAAAAGUGGCAUUCGCGCAUUUUGCGGCAUUUAAACGUGAAAACGCGACGCAUUUGGCGUGGCAAUCAUUUGGAAGGCGUCGUUAAAAGAGGAACGCGUACGGAGCGGUGUACGGGCGUCUGUGCGAACGUACGCGAGACGGAAAGAAUCGAACAAAAUUUGAGGAAAAAUUCGUAAAAAAUUGCGGGAAGCAGAAUGGAGUCUGCCGUGGAUCAGGAGAUAAAAUGCGAGCUACGUGACAUGGUGCGCGAGGCAAAAAUUCAAACGACACUGCUGCAGCAAGAAGCUGGCGACCAAUUCAAGUCCGGCUCCGAGACGGAGGACCAAAUGUCGGAGGAAGACAUCAAAUAUCACAUGAAAAACGACUCGGUUGGCAGUCAAAAUGAGUCGUACGGCAUCAGUUUGAGCAACUCGUCGAUGCGGAAAAAGCGCGGAAAUCUGCCAAAGCACUCGGUGAAAAUCCUCAAAAAGUGGCUCUACGAGCAUCGGUACAACGCGUAUCCGAAUGACGCGGAAAAGCUCACGUUGUCGCAGGAAGCGGGCCUCACGGUGCUGCAAGUGUGCAAUUGGUUCAUCAAUGCGCGCCGUCGAACGUUGCCCGAGAUGAUUCGGCGCGAGGGCAACGACCCCAUGCACUACACGAUCUCGCGACGAGGCAAGAAACUAAAUCAAUCGCAAAUUGAGCUCGGCAAUGCGACGCAACACAUCACGAUGAAUUUGGGAUCAGAAGUUAUUGUGGGCGCCACUGAAGAAGUUACAGAAGAGACAGAAGUGAUUGAAGACGGAUUCCCCGAAAUUAUUCAAACAGCACAAGGACACCAAUAUGUGCAAACGCCAACGGGUCUCAUCAAAGUUGAGCAACAAGAUGCCGACAAUUAUGACCACAUUAUAUACAGAUCGGAAGACGAAAACGAUAUCGAGUACGAUGGUUCAUGCUCACCAGCGGCGAUCGAAGAAGAAAUCAUGGAAGGCGAUUGGGAUAAUGUUAUUGAAUACAGUACAACGGACAAAGAAAAUAUACCAGAAGAAAUAAAUGAAGAAACAGUGACAAGUACGAGCCCGAUUGCGGAAUAUAUCAGUCAAAGUGGCGUUCGUACCUCAAAUGUCUCUGUUAGUCGUAUGCAAGUUGCCCAGAGUCCCCCGUCAUCCGUUAUGUACACACCAGCCGGCACUCAAGUAAAAGUUAAAGGAAUCGUUCGCGAUGGCAAAGACAAUGGCAAUUUCAAAUGUUUAUAUCUGCUCGUGGAGACGGCAGUUGCUGUGCGUCAACGAGAACAAGAACAAGAGGAAGUCCAUGUGAUUGGCAAUUAAAAACAAAAACACAAAAGAAAAACCACCUCUUCACUCUUUUUUGCACAAAAUUAAUUUAUAGGAUUGUAUCGUCGUCAUUUUUUUUUUCGUCAUCCCACUUCUUCGCUUGUGUGAAUCGCUCCUGUAAAAAAAAAGAAAUCCGAAGACAACCAGUUUGUAUUUUUUUGUAUAAUUUGACAUCAUGUGACAACGUAGGAAAGAAAGCAAACAAAGGGAAACCCAGUUUUUAUUAAACUCUUAGCCAUAAAGAAACUUUUAAACAAUUUUUUUAACAUAAAAAACCUGAAAUUUAAUAUUAAUUCGUAAUUUGUAGUGGUUAAAAA